AUGCCUAAGGAGUCAGAGGUUAUAAAUUCUGAAUUUCAUGUAGAUGUCCAAGAUCCAGAGCGUCUAAACGGCCACCCUGUGGCAAAAUUUAUCAAUAAAUUAAGCGGGCAACCUGAAUCUUACGUCAACAGGACUAAUUAUAUCUUUGGUCGAACACUAGGUGCCGGUUCCUUCGGUGUUGUAAGACAAGCCAGGAAGUUGUCCACAAAUGAAGACGUUGCUAUAAAGAUUCUAUUGAAAAAAGCAUUGCAGGGAAACAAUGUCCAAUUGCAGAUGCUGUACGAAGAGCUAUCUAUUCUUCAAAAAUUGAGUCAUCCCAACAUUGUCUCCUUCAAAGAUUGGUUUGAGUCGAAGGAUAAGUUCUAUAUAGUCACUCAGCUGGCAACAGGGGGUGAGUUAUUUGAUAGAAUUCUUUCCAGAGGGAAGUUCACAGAAGUAGAUGCUGUUGAAAUUAUAGUUCAGAUUCUUGGUGCCGUGGAGUAUAUGCAUUCCAAGAAUGUGGUUCAUAGGGAUUUGAAACCAGAGAAUGUUUUGUAUGUUGAUAAGUCAGAAAAUUCACCUCUGGUAAUUGCGGACUUUGGUAUAGCUAAACAAUUGAAGGGGAAAGAGGACUUGAUAUACAAAGCAGCCGGAUCGUUGGGUUAUGUGGCACCAGAAGUUCUCACACAAGACGGGCAUGGUAAGCCUUGCGAUAUAUGGUCCAUUGGUGUGAUCACGUACACCUUACUGUGUGGUUACUCCCCCUUUAUCGCCGAAAGUGUUGAAGGAUUCAUGGAAGAAUGUACGGCUUCUAGAUAUCCGGUAACUUUCCACAUGCCAUAUUGGGAUAGCAUAUCUAUUGAUGCCAAGCGUUUCAUCUUAAAGGCGUUGAGAUUGAAUCCAACUGACAGACCAACUGCUACAGAAUUGCUGGACGAUCCAUGGAUUACUUCAAAGAGAGUUGAAACCAGUAAUAUUUUACCUGACGUUAAGAAAGGGUUUUCUUUGCGUAAGAAAUUACGUGACGCUAUUGAAAUUGUGAAGCUUAAUAAUAGAAUUAAAAGACUAAGAAACAUGUAUUCGUUAGGGGAUGAUGGUGAUAAUGAUAUAGAAGAGAACUCUCUAAAUGAAAGCCUUCUGGACGGCGUCACACAUUCGUUGGAUGAUUUACGUCUUCAAUCUCAGAAGAAAGUGGGAGAACUAACGGAGGAACAAAUGAAAUUAAAAUCCGCAUUAACAAAGGAUGCAUUUGUUCAAAUUGUGAAAGCUGCAACAAAGAACAAACAUAAGGUUUUGGCUGGUGAAGAGGAAGAUGAUAACAACAAAGCACAGCAUGAUGAUCGGGAGUAG